AUGGCAGAAAAGGAAGGAGCAAUUGUCAAGAACGGUCAUGAAGAAGGGCUAAAAAUGGCACUUUCCCUUCUUGAAGAAUAUGAACUCCCAGCAGGGCUUCUCCCUCUAGCUGAAGUAAUCGAAGUCGGGUUCGUAAAAACCACCGGGUACAUGUGGAUCCUGCAAACUAAAAAAGUCGAACAUAACUUUAAAAUGAUCAGUAAGCUGGUGAGUUAUGGUACCGAAAUAACUGGAUACGUCGAGAAGAAGAGGAUCAAGAAGCUUAAAGGAGUGAAGGCCAAGGAGCUGAUGCUAUGGCCUCCGGUCGGUGACAUCACAGUGGACCCCGCUACGGGAAAGAUUCACUUCAAGAGUCUAGCUGGCAUCACGAAAACUUUCCCCGUUGAGGCUUUUGCUGCUGGACAGUAA